AAACUCUGUGAGUUCUCUAAUAAGAACCUGAUCCUUUUGACCUUUUGAAACAAACAGUCCGUCAGUCACACCUAGUAAUUUAACACAUACGGAUACCAAAAAAGAUAUUAAAUACACAAAACAAUUAUUAUACCUCAACCGAUAAUCAGGCCGCAAUGGGACUAUUCGAAGAGUAUUGUGGUUCAAGUACUGUUCAUGGUGUUAGAUAUUUUACCGAAAAAAGGCGUCAUUGGAUAGAAAGGGUGUGGUGGAUAUUAGCCUUUGCGUUGGCUUUGCUUUAUUGUGGAUACUCAAUUCGAAAAGUCUAUAUAAAGUGGGAUGAAAGUCCAGUUAUUGUGGCUUUUGCUGAGAAAUCAACACCGGUAUGGAAAAUCCCAUUUCCAGCUGUGACGAUCUGUCCCGAAACAAAAGCUGAGGUGACUAAACUAAACCUCACUGACGUCUUUCAAAGAACGAGAUAUGACCCAAAUGACAUUACUGCCGAGGAGGCCAAAUUAAUAGCGGCUGUGGUUCACAUUUGUGAUCCCUAUUUAUCACGCCGGUUCACAAACAUUUCAGAUUUUGCAAAUAGCUCCAUAACAGAUUUACUACGUGAUGUAGCUCCUAGUUCUGGCGACACAAUCCAUGGCUGCGAAUUUGGAAAAACAGAAAAUGAAUGCUUCUUUGAAGAAGUAGUGACCGAAGACGGGCUUUGUUUUACUUUCAACGCAUUGAAUGGUUCGGAGCUGUUUACCAAAGACCUAAGUCAUGAUUACACGCGAAUAAACCACAACAUGUCUGCAAGCUUUUGGAAUUUGGAAGAUGGAUAUGAUUCCUCGAUCGAAGCAUAUUCACGUACAUAUCCGUUCCGCGUAUUUGGUUCUGGCACACAAGAGGGUAUUUACGUUCACUUAAACCAGUUCGAAAAAAAUUUAGAAAUACGUUGUCGUGGUGCGGUGCAAGGUUUCAAAAUUGCAUUGCAUACACCCGGUGAAGUCCCGCAAGUGUCUAAACAUUACUUUAGAGUGCCGUUGCUGCAAGAGGUAUUGGUGUCAGUAAAACCAAACAUGAUAACUACAUCGGAAGGUCUGAGAGAUUAUGAACCAAAUAGGAGACAGUGCUUCUUUUCUUUGGAACGAAAAUUACGCUUUUUGAAGGUGUACACUCAAAGAAAUUGUGAAUUGGAAUGUCUAGCGAACUUCACAUUGCAUGCAUGUGGAUGCGUAAAAUUCUCCAUGCCCAGGGACAAGGAUACGCCAAUAUGCGGAAUUGCGAAAAUAGAUUGUUACAAUGAAGCAGAAAACAAUUUGACAAAGCAACAAUUUGUGGAAGAAUCGACUCUUGAACCUGGCGCUGAAAGAGUUACAAGCUGUAAUUGUUUACCGGCUUGCACUUCGAUAAUUUAUGAUGCAGAAAUUUCACAAGCUCCAUAUGAUUGGGAGUCUUUAAAUAUCGCUGACAACUGGCUUUUGGCUCUUUUGCCAAAGUAA